AUGGAAUCCAAACGGAGCGAAGAUCAUCUGGCUGGUCGUCGGGCUCGUGAAGUGUAUCGUUAUUUUCGACCGGAACAGACCGACCCAUCUCAGGAGAACUCGUCGCCGAGAUCCACGUCGAAUUCGCCUCCCAGGAUACCCCCAGCUAAAGAACGAAGCUCCGUAGAACUUGCACCGUCCUUGGGUCAAUCCCCGCUCAAGUCCUCAGCCACAUGGGAACCCCUACAACCAAUGCCAGAAUCGUUGAUUCUGGGCGAUGAUAAUGAGACCCUCAAUUCCUUCGCACAUCUAGCGGCGUUGCGAUUGAAUGUAGAGCAGGUCUACAUCAGUGUCUCGGAUCGAGACUCUCAAUUCAUCAUCGCGCAAUCCGCGCAGACGAAACAGAGCGACAACAGGUAUGACAUGAUUGGGGAAAAUUCUCACACGGGCCAUGUGUUUGGUUCAAUUGAGCACGCUUCGUAUCAAAUUCCUCUCGCAUGGCGUCUCGAUACGAUUGCCCUACGUCCUUCCAAUCGAGAGCGCGGAGAGUAUCACUUCGUGGUCUCCAAUGACAUGAGCGAGGAUGAGCGCUAUCGAGAGCUCUCCUUCGUGGCCGGAGAGCCGGGAUACCGGUUCUACGCCGGCACGCCGCUGACGACGGAGAGUAAUGUCAACAUCGGCUGCUUUUUUGUGCUCGAUACAAGCGUUCGCUUGGAUUUCAAUCAUACCGAGAAGGAAACAAUGGGUCGCAUGGGCAUGCUGAUCAUGGACUUCCUCAAGGUGAGCCGCCAAGCUUCGGAUGGUCGACACGCGGCCCGCCUGUCACAAGGAAUGAAUCUCUUUGUCGAGGGACACUCCUCAUUCGAGAAAAACUCGUCGGGGCCGGUCUCGCGAAGCUUCGACGGUAGCGACAACUCCCAGGGCAAAUCCUCAACAUCUCCCUCUGCUGGCACACCUUUCUCUCGGGAAGGCGCAAGCCGAUCGCGGUCGCGGAGCAGCGGGGCACAAUCUUUAAGCACCGCGGCGGACAGUGUCGACGACCGCGCAAUUCCUUCCAGCCUCGAUUCCCACAUCGCAAAUGUGCGCUCAGCUUCUCAGUCGGGAGGCUCGCGACAGCUUCCGGCAAAGCUGUGGACGAUCCGCCGAGCGGCGAACUUGAUCCGUGAAAGCUUGGAAAUAUACAAUAACAGCGGUGUGAUUUUCGUUGAAACCAGUGCCAAUUUUGCGCUCGACAUCAGUCCUGAAAGUGAUUCGUCCCAGUCUUCUUCUACAGAGCCUGCCAAGCCGGCACCUGUUUUAGCACUGUCGACUCCGGAAGUCGCCUUUGGACCAGGUGUUGACUCACAGAAUUCCAUACCAGCAAUGAACUUAGAUGAAGAAUUUCUUGGAGGCUUGCUGAAACGACAUAAGAGAGGGCAUAUCUGGAACUUCCAUCGGGACGGGCAGCUGUCUGGCUCUGAUAGUGAGGAUUCCACGCAGGGAAGCGAUCGACGGGGCCGGGUUGGGAGCCAUCCCUCACAAUCGUCGCGACGAAAGUCAAAUAAGGAAAGGGAGAACACUUGCCUGAAUCGCUACUUUCCGGGUGCCACUCAAGUUAUAUUCGUGCCGUUAUGGAACGCGGGUAACUCUCAGUGGUUCGGUGGCUUCUUUUGCUGGACCAACGUUGAACACAAGGUGUUCAGUGCGUCGAUUGAGCUCAGCGCUCUGCGCAGCUUUGGAUCAUCCAUAAUGGCUGAGUGGAGCCGCAUAGAGUCCGUUCUUUCCGACGAGCAGAAAGAUGACUUCCUUGGCAGCAUAUCGCACGAACUACGCAGCCCGCUUCAUGGUGUUCUUGCAGCCACAGAGAUGUUGAAAGAGACCAAGUUGGAUCAGUAUCAAACUUCACUGAUUGAGACCGUCGAAGCGUGCGGCCGGACGCUUCUCGAUACUAUGAAUCAAGUGCUGGAUUUCAGCAAACUUAUGGCGCUGGAACGAAAAUCGCGUCGCAGGAGGCGACGCAAGGCGGUGUCGCAGGAUUUUGAAGGCUCGCAUUUGUCUGCUGCGCGGCUGGAUCUGUGCACACCAACUGACCUAUCCAUUGUCGCAGAGGAAGUUGUUGAAGGAGUCUUCCUGGGCCACGUUUACAAUCAGAAGUCAGCUACGUCUCUGGAUCUUCUCGGCACAUCGCUGGUUGCCCCGGAAUUUCCUCCCGAUUUUCAUACGUUCCGAUCCGAUGUGAAGGUCAUUGUUGACAUUGCACCGGAAAAUAAUGCGCUUAAAUACACAUCUUCAGGUCAUGUCCGCCUGCUCCUGGAGAGCGAAGAGAGGGCCGAGACGUCCUCCAGGAUGUUUACUCGCAGAGACGGAAACAAGCAGCGAAACGUCGUCAUCACCGUCUCUGACACGGGUAAAGGUAUUUCCGAGGACUUCUUGCGGAACAGACUAUACACUCCUUUCGCACAAGAGGACAACUUGGCGGUAGGCUCAGGUCUUGGAUUGUCGAUCGUUCGCAGUCUGAUCCAGUCCCUGGGCGGCAGUAUUGACAUCAAAAGCCGCGUGGGAGAGGGGACGGUCGUGAGAGCAGCCCUUCCGCUGGCACCCAUCGAGCCUGAUCUUCCUCAAAGUCACCAGAAUGAGAUCAGACUCUCCGCUCGGCAGGAUCAACGCAUGCGUGGAAUAAAUGCUAGGGAGUCUUUUUUCCGCGGUUACGAAGGGCGGACGGUUGCGAUCCUUGGGGUAGAUCCAAGCAACGCCGCGAGCGAUCCAGACUGGGCCGAUCUGGCUCGUUACUUCACGGAUUGGUAUGGGCUUAGCUUGGUUUCUGCGUCUGCGUCUCCGUCUGCGUCUAUCGAUCUCCUCUUGGCCGACCAGCUUCCCAGCGAGAGCGCCAUCCGUGAGACGUCCGCCAGCAGGCACACUGCUUUGCUCAUUGUCACUGAUCAGCAUAUGGACCUCGAUCCCACGAACGGGCAGCAAGUCGGCGAGAUCAGAUCGAUCAAUGUCAUCAAUCGUCCCUGUGGGCCCCAUAAGCUGUGGAGGCAUGUCUCGAAAUGCCUUGAGGAAUUGUUGACCGUGUCGUCGUGCACUGACGCACCCGUCCCCACUCGCAAUCACGACACAUUUUCCGUGAAGUCUCUCGUCGCCAGCCUUAAUCUUCCUGAGCAGCAUUCGAAGGACAAGAAGUCCCGUGUGAAGCAAACACAUUCUUUUCCCAUUCCGUCCGAACCACCGUCGAAAGGGACCGCUGGAACGGAUCCAGAGUCGCGAGACGCUCGUAUCUUGGUGGUUGAGGACAACAAAGUCAACCUGAACUUGAUGAUGGCGUACUUGAAAAAGCGGCGGUUUGGAAAUCUUGAUUCGGCCGAGAAUGGCAGCAAAGCUGUUGAGGCGGUGAGGAAGCAGGACGAUGACAAUUACGAUAUCAUCUUUAUGGAUAUCUCCAUGCCAGAAAUGGACGGCUUUGAAGCCGCACGGGAGAUUCGUGCCCUGGAGAAACAGCGUGGACCCGAUGCCAAGCCGGCCGUCAUCAUUGCCUUGACGGGAUUGAGCAGUUCGGAGGAUGAGACCAAAGCACUUGAGGCGGGUAUGGACAUGUUCUUGACCAAACCUAUCUCCUUCAAGGAUGUUGGCAAGCUACUGCAAGAGUGGAAAGAGCAACGCCUUCACCCGGAUACCGAUUCCUCUGAACGGGAUCUAUGA